AUGCCAGGACUACAGGGUAUGCCAGGACUACAGGGUAUGCCAGGACUACAGGGUAUGCCAGGACUACAGGGUAUGCCAGGACUACAGGGUAUGCCAGGACUACAGGGUAUGCCAGGACUACAGGGUAUGCCAGGACUACAGGGUAUGCCAGGACUACAGGGUAUGCCAGGACUACAGGGUAUGCCAGGACUACAGGGUAUGCCAGGACUACAGGGUAUGCCAGGACUACAGGGUAUGCCAGGACUACAGGGUAUGCCAGGACUACAGGGUAUGCCAGGAUUACAGGGUAUGCCAGGACUACAGGGUAUGCCAGGACUACAGGGUAUGCCAGGACUACAGGGUAUGCCAGGACUACAGGGCAUGCCAGGACUACAGGGCAUGCCAGGACUACAGGGCAUGCCAGGACUACAGGGUAUGCCAGGACUACAGGGUAUGCCAGGACUACAGGGUAUGCCAGGACUACAGGGUAUGCCAGGACUACAGGGUAUGCCAGGACUACAGGGCAUGCCAGGACUACAGGGCAUGCCAGGACUACAGGGUAUGCCAGGACUACAGGGUAUGCCAGGACUACAGGGUAUGCCAGGACUACAGGGUAUGCCAGGACUACAGGGUAUGCCAGGACUACAGGGUAUGCCAGGACUACAGGGUAUGCCAGGACUACAGGGUAUGCCAGGACUACAGGGUAUGCCAGGACUACAGGGUAUGCCAGGAUUACAGGGUAUGCCAGGACUACAGGGUAUGCCAGGACUACAGGGUAUGCCAGGACUACAGGGCAUGCCAGGACUACAGGGCAUGCCAGGACUACAGGGUAUGCCAGGACUACAGGGUAUGCCAGGACUACAGGGUAUGCCAGGACUACAGGGUAUGCCAGGACUACAGGGUAUGCCAGGAUUACAGGGUAUGCCAGGACUACAGGGUAUGCCAGGACUACAGGGUAUGCCAGGACUACAGGGUAUGCCAGGACUACAGGGUAUGCUAGGACUACAGGGUAUGCCAGGACUACAGGGUAUGCCAGGACUACAGGGUAUGCCAGGAUUACAGGGUAUGCCAGGACUACAGGGUAUGCCAGGACUACAGGGUAUGCCAGGACUACAGGGUAUGCCAGGACUAGCACUUUCUGCACAAGUGGUGUGCAUCUACACUAGACUUUGUGUUGCAGUGGCAAACUCCAAACGGACUCGUCCGGAAAUGGAUCACGAAGCAAUGUGUUUCCCUUUCAGCCGGAAAGCAGAAAAACGUCCAGGAGUCCCCAAGGCUCCGUGA